AUGUCUACAAGUUGUGGUCAAGAAAACAUACGAUGGGUUACUACAAUCAUUCUGAGUUCAUCUUUCCAGGAUCAUGAAAUUUCAACCACCUUACAAAAUCAGCAACACCGAGUUCGUUAUUCAGAUUCAGUGGAAGAUGGAUCUAUUAUUUUCUCACUUUCUGGUGUUGCAUUUUUGCUUGUCGACACUCAAGAUUUGCUAUUGACAAACAGCGAAGUCAUUUUUGACAGAAUAAAAAAGUUCAUGACCAUUCACAGGAAUGGAUUUUUACUUUUAUCAGCUGCCCUUCAUGGACCAAAAGAAUGGGAAGUGAUGUUCAGAAUUCAACAGAGAUUUUUAGGCAGUAAUUUACGAAUAGUGCCAGUCCAUAAUAGUGCUGAAGCUGUUAAAUUAAUGUUGACCAUAGCAAAGACUUCUUCAAAAUCCUAUCUGGACAACAUUCACUACAGAAUGCAAAUGGCAAAGACACAGAUUAUAGAACAAAGCCCUGUUUGGAAAAUGCUUCAUCAGAGUCAAUUGCACUGAAGUUAAACACCA